AGAACUUUGCCCCCUUGCGGUCAUGAGAGUUCAAUUUUUGUUUGGUUCCCACUAUUAUUAGUACUAGCACUGCACUGCACUGUAACUGUGGCACCCUAGUAGCACUAGCACUAUCGGCUGAAGGAACUGGACAGCUCAGGCAAGGCUGCAUGACACCUGGAUACAGUUUUCACAACGUAAUUUGGAGAUUGUAAUGAACUCACCGUUGGACAAGGAUAGCCAGAAAAGGCGUCUGUUGUUCAAUCCCCGGGCCCUGGCCGCGCAGAAGACAUUCCGUGCUCGUCAGACUGGCUUUGUGAGGCGACUGUCUCUCUGGUGUAUAACUAUUCUCUCCUUUGUACUAGCUUGGGCCAUUGGACACCUCCAGGUCUCUCCAGUUUUACUAGUGCUUCUCUUGCUGGCCAUGGUGGUGAUCUGGAGGGACCAAGCUGGUAAGAUCCUCCAAUCAGCUCAUCAGGAAACUGAGAUCAAGCUCAGACGACAUAAGACCAUCCAUCAGUCAGAGACGGCUGAGUGGGUUAAUGUGGCUCUCAAUAAGUGGUGGACCACAUGCAGCGACUCUGUGUUGGUCUAUCUUAAAGACUACAUAGAACCUCUUCUGGAGGAGAUAGCACCCGUGGGAGUAGACAGUGUAGAGUUAGUGGAGUGUGACUUGUCUGACCAGACCCCAGUAAUCUCAAAUGUUCAAGUCCUGGACCCUCCCCACAGUACUAAGAAAUCUGACAGUGUCGAUAUUGGAGAGUGUCGUAGAACGAUGCUUGUAAACUUCGACCUUUCCCUUCCAUCUCCCGAUUCCAAGGUUGUACUGCGAGCUCGCUUAGGAGGAAAGAAGUUGGGUUGCAGUACACUGGUGUAUGUGGAAGGCCUUCAUGUCAGUGGGUCCAUUCAUGCUGCUGUAGUAAUUGACAAAGAUGCCCCCUUUCCACACAUUGCCUCAAUCACUGCCACUUUCGUACGCAGACCCAACAUAUGGUUCAAUGUGCGUGUGCUAAAGGGACUGAGAGUGACUGAGAUACCAAUACUAAAGAGCUGGAUUCAUAAUUUCAUUAUGGAUGUUUUCACUACAUUGCUGGUCAACCCUGGAAAGCUCAGUCUUGACUUCAUGUCUACUGCUCCAGUUGGCCACAGCCUACCUGAGUCCAGUAAACGUGCCCUGGGAGUGCUCACUGUCACUGUGCAGGGAUCAACUCCUCCCAAGAACGGACCACACACAGGGGACCCUCGAUUGCGGUGUGCGUUGAGGAUGGGAGAUCAGAAACAUCAGGGGCCAGUUCCCCCUGGAAAGAAGUCUUGGACCAAUACUCACUCAUUCUUUAUCUACAGUCUGCAAGAAGAUGUGCUUGUUGUGAAAAUGAAACUUCGUCGCAUGGUGACUAGUCAGACAUUGUCCUUGCACCCAGUGGGACUAGACUCUAUGAACUUCACAAAUCAGUAUGGGGAAGUCACUCAGAGACACAGAUCAGUAACCUUGUCCAACCCUGAAGCAAUUCUUGCAUUGAAGUUGACGUACACUCCUCUACCUCCUGUGUCACUAUCAACUUUAAAUGGCUUCAAUGCAUCUAACCAAGUAGCUGGAGUGGUGUAUGUUUACAUCCAUUCUGCUGCUGGUUUGCUAUCUGCUGAUGCGGAUGGGCUCAGUGACCCUUACUGUGUUGUAUUAGCCAAUAAGAGGAAGGUUCUAACCACCCACUAUGUGCUGGACAACUUGAACCCCCAGUGGGAGAGGGGAGUAGAGUUUUUCAUAUCGGACCUCUCUCAGACUUCUCUCACGUUCUUAGUCUACGACUGGGACGGCCCCCUAGUCGGAGAUGACCUCCUUGGAGCAACCAAACUUACCCUAACGCAGGAUCGCCCUGAGGUACUGCAAGAGUGUCUUGACCUGAAUAUGGAUGGCGUGACAAGCAAGGAUGGGAUCUCACUAGGCCAGCUCACUGUCUCUGUUGUUUUUAGGCCAGUUGACUCUGUAGCUAAUUGCGAUGUGGACACAUCCAGCUACGAAGCUAGGAGAGUGUCGGAAUUGGAGAAGGCCAUUCUAGCAUCAUACAGCCCAUCACCAGAAGGGAGAAAAUCUAUACUAGAGUCAAACAGAAAGGAGGUAAAGAAAGUGGCGAAGCUAUUGUUGGGUCGUAGGAAGAACAAGUUUUCAUCCAGUGAAGGGGUACUUGAGCUCUCGGUCUUGAGAGGAAGGAACCUUGUACCCAAAGACUCAAAUGGCCUGAGUGACCCCUACAUCGUCGUGAAGUACGGUGGAGCAACUAUGUUCAGGAGCCGUGUUGUGAAGAAGAGUCUUAACCCAGACUGGGACGAAAGUGCCACACUAUCACCACCCUCAACAGAUGAGAUCAUCAAAGUGGAAUGCUGGGACAAGGAUCGUUUCUCCGAUGACUUUAUGGGCUCUAUCCGCUUCACUGAGCAAGACUUGGCGCAGUUCCAGGAUGAUCCUCAGUGGUGCAAGCUACAGCACGUGCCAACCGGAGAGGUGCUCAUUGGAAUGAAGAAGGUGUUGCCAAUGGAUCAAGAUAAUGAGUGGAUGCAGCUGGAUGAGGCAUCAAGACCUUUUGUUGAGGUGCCACUGCUGGAUGAGCAAGGUGUGGGUGGUAAAGUGCUGAUUAAGACAGAAAGCAGUUGCACUGACUCCAGUGGAGACGAGCAGAGCAGUGAGCCACUAAACACUCUGCCUUCAACAGAAUCAGAAAGCACCCAGUCUUUCCCCCUCCCUGCCAACGAUAUAUGUAGCACUCACUCUAUUCCAGUGUCUACCGAUGAUAAGAAAUCUAUCAGACGGCGCCACACACUGACCCAUAGUCAGCGCAUGGAGCUCUCAAGACGAGCAUCGUGGGCUGCUGUGCCCUCCCACGGGUCAGAUGAUCUCACUCAUAAGCACCCACAGCACCUCCCUCGUUAUCCUCAGACCAAGGCUGAUAUUGAGAGGGCUCUGAAAGGAGACACUGGAUCAAUUGGCUCCAAGCGUGGACUCCAAGAUCGAGGGACAGCCAGGGUCAAACAACCCAUGGUUUAUCAUAAUGUUGCUGGUCAGGUCAUUGAGGCUGACGGACUGAAGGGAGAACUAAACCACCUUGAGCUCUACAUCAAAGUGCGGCUGAAUAGCCGUCCCAGUUAUCAGCGUCAGCAACGGUUUGGUCGUGGUCCAGUAGUGCAUAAGACCCGAGUGCUAAGAGGAUCAAGAAAUCCUCAAUGGAAAGAGGACUUUAUGGUGAAGGAGAGUCCUGUUCCCUCUGAUAGUCUGCUCACUUUGGACCUCAAGAGUGGAAGCAAGAUCAAUAUUGGUACUCAAGCAAUCACUCUAGACAAGUUUUUUGAGGGAAAUCUCAAGGCAACCAGGUCAAUGGAUCUUGGGAAUGAUAUGAAGCUUCGUGUCAGACUCACUCGCCAGCCCACCCCUCAGUCAUCGCCUAUGACUGCAUCAAAGUCCGUCAAACACAAACGAUCAAGACAAGUUUCCUAGUUGAGCCAGUUCUAUAUUAUAAAUUAUCUCUUGCAACUAUAGUUUUUAUGACAAUAUAAUUUUUAUGGCACAGUGCUCAGUAUAGCUACGAUUAUAACUAUUGUGAUUUAGGUACGUGUUUGCAGUUGUUGUGUUCGUAUCGUUCUGAUAAAAUAAUAAUGUUCUUCUUUCCAA